CAUCGUCCUGCCGGUCGAAAAAAAUGGAGGAAAAGAUUAUUGUCGCCGUCUGUGGGCACCCCGAACUUUACGAUACAACUCUUUAUGCUUACCGAAACCGGAGCUAUAAAGAUAAAGCGUGGAACAAGGUCGGAGAAGCCGUGGGACUACCUGGUGCACCCAUCAUGCCUUGCUCUGGUUAGUCAUGCUCGCCGACGCCUGCAUCAGGGAGCCACUGACACUGACGUGGAGAGACAGGAGCCCUGUGCGGUUGUUGUACCGGUAAUUGGAGACGGUCACCGCCUGCAGCUGAAAGAACGAUUUCCAACACAUGAGCUGAAAGGCCACUGUCUGACGUACGGGAAGCCUCCUGAGACUUUGCAAGGAAGUGGAAGUGAAUCGUGAACCCAGCAGGUUCACCCUAUUAUACGCCACGCUGACGCAGACCCUCUCAGCCCUUUAGCUAGACGUUGGGCCACUGCACUCUCAUCACGUCAGCCGGUCUGAUUGUGUUUUCCUUUUUUUUUUUAAAGGAAAAAAAAGAGUUCCCUUGAUGCUCCAGAACAAUUAUCCCACAGUGUGCUCUGUAAUUAUACUAUUAUGUAGAAUUAUUCUCAUCUUCUGCCUGCGCCAUCGAUCGUCGCUGGACAAUUGCAAAAACGAAGUCUCGGACUGGCCCCUGAAUGUUGUGUUAUCAUUCAUCCUGACUACACAAUGUGUUGGAUAGAAGACCAAACAAACAGGCCGGCAUCAGAUGGGAGUCACCAGGCCUCCCCCGAAGAACUCCGCUGGAAGCUCCAGGAAUCACUUUACCGAGAGACGCACUUCAGGAUGUCCGUGGCUCUGCGCGCGCAGCUGUUCCUCUUUCUGAUCUCCCUCUCGUCGAGGACCGGGCUCUGUCGCUACAUUGAGGACAACGAUGCUGCUGAUGGAUUAUACUCUCUGCUCGGGUUGGACCAGAAAAGAGAGUCAGAGGAUUUUAUUUUCCGCCGACCUCUCAGAUGUUUGGACAUGCUGGCCACCGAGGGCGACUUCACCUUCGUGGCGUCUCAACCACAGCUGGCCUGCGCCUCCUUCAUCAUCGCUGAGCCCAACGAAGUCAUCAGCCUGGAGCUGUCCGAUGUCAACAUCGACUGCGGCGCCGGAGACUUCAUCAAGAUGUUUGACGGCUGGGUGCUGAAGGGAGAGAAGUUCCCCAGCAAGCGGGACCACCAGCUGCCUCUACACCAGCGCUACACGGACUACUGCUCCUCCACCGCACCGCGGGGGGCCGCCAGCCGCUCCUCUCAGAACGUGGCCAUGAUCUUCUUUCGCAUCCGAAGCCCCGACAGCGGCUUCACCCUCGCCGUCAGAAAGAUGCACAACCCCUUCCCCUGUAACAUCAUGUCUCAGAGUCCAGAGGGCAGCUUCACCAUGGUGAUGCCACACCAGCACAGGAACUGCAGCUUCUCCAUCAUCUACCCCGUGGAGAUCCGAAUGACAGAUCUGAGCCUCGGGCAGGCCAAAAGCAAUGAACUCAGCCCAAAGGGACAGAUAUGGGCGGGCUGUUCGGGGUCAGGUGACUACGUGGAGCUGCUUGGGGGCAAUGGGGUGGACACCUCUAUGAUGUUCCCCAUGGCUGACCUCUGUUACUCCCUCACGGGGCUCGCCCAGAUGAAGAUUGGUUGUGAUAACUCGGUGGUGAGGCUGGUGUCCAGUGGGAACUACAUCAACCGCGUUUCCUUCCAGUACCGACUACUGGAGCACCGCGAGCUCCCCAAGAACCGAGAGAACGCUCUGGAUAACUUCUGCUCUGUGGAAUGAGAUCACUGCACACACACACACACACACAGUCAUCCAUCUCUCUGUAAAUACACCUGUUUGACCUAUGUCGCCAACACAUAUUUCGUAUUGUUUUUUGCCAAAUAUUUGCUUUAGUGUCCUUUCCUUGUUUGCUUUGAUCCUAGAAUAUUUAUUUGAAUUAAAUCAAAUAGAUGGAGGUUGUUGGAUUUAGUUGUUUUCUGAUUAGUCGUAUGUCAAAAAUAUCUGGGAUAUGCUGCAUAUUUCUUGGCAAGAGCAUUCGUGUUUAUAUCCGUGUCAGUAUUUUUUGGGAGGUUUUUACCGUCUCUGCUUUCUUUUAUGUUUAAAUUGCCUUGACAAUUUCAAAAUAAAUAUGACUUGCAUGAUGAA